AUGUCCAAAAAAGUUGUUGUGUAUAAUAUUUCAGCAUGUGUUUCUGAAAAAACGGUUAAGGAUUUUUUCUUAUUCUGUGGAAAGAUUGAAGAAUUUAAACUUAUAAAGGAAGAAAGUAGCGACAAACAAAUUUCCUAUAUUACAUUUGAACGCGAAAUUGCUGCAAAGACUGCCAAAAUGUUAACUAACGCUGUUAUUGGUGACUCUGAAAUAACCGUCAAAUCUGCUGAUGACAGUUCAACUGAUGGUAUAAGUCCAGGGGAUAAGGUUAAAAGUGAUAAAGAAAGUUUUAAGAGAGUUAUUGUGUAUGAUAUUUCAGCAUCUGUUUCUGAAAAAAUGGAAGCUUAUGCAAAAACUGCCAAAAUGUUAACUAACGCCCUUAUUGGUGACUCUCAAAUAAUUGUCAAGUCUGUUGAUGACAGUUCAACUGAUGGUAUAAGCCCAGGGGAUAAGGUUAAAAGUGAUAAAGAAAGCGUUAUAUUUUUACUUGCACCAAAACGUUAA